AUGGAUCGGUUCUCCUUGAAAGGUCGGACAGCGCUUGUUACCGGUGGCGGGCGAGGAUGCGGACUUGCUUUUGCGCGGGGGCUGGCUGAAGCUGGUGCAGAUGUCGCCGUCUUCGACGUUAUCGAGCAAUCGCCUGACUUCAGCGCAAUCGAGAAGGAGUGCAAUGUCCGGACGGCCUACUACAAGGUCGACGUCUCCUCGCAAGAUUCCCUGAAAGCCGGCUUCGCGCAAUUCCAAAAAGACUUCGACAACAAACUCGACAUUUGCGUCCCCUGCGCAGGGAUAAAUCGCCACACUCGCUUCCUUGACUUCACCUACGACGAACACCACGAUCUGCUGUCGAUCAACGUGUUGGGCCUGUACUUCACCGCGCAAUACGCAGCAAAGCAGAUGAUCGCCAACGGCACACGCCACGGCAGCAUUAUCCUCGUCGCCAGCAUGGCCAGCUACGUCGCGGUUCGCGAUCAGAAUUGUUCAGCAUACUGUGGUACAAAGGGCGCGGUGCGCGCGAUGUGUCCGGCCAUCGCGAAGGAGUUGACGGAGUAUGGGAUCAGGGUCAAUUCGAUCAGCCCGGGGUAUGUGAAUACGGAGAUGACGGCGGCAUUUUCGCAUCUGGUUGAGGGGUGGAAGACGGAGACGAUCAAUAAGAGGAUCGCGGAGCCGGAGGAUAUCAUGGGCGCUUGUGUGUUUUUGGCCAGCGAUGCCAGCUCGUACAUGACUGGGCAGGAUGUUGUGGUUGAUGGGGGAGUUACUAGGAUCUCAUAG